ACAUGUCAUGAAGCUAUGCCACACAUAGAUGGGUUAAGCAUUCUCAACGAUUGUGAGGAGAAUCAAAAACUUGUUCAAAAGUUACCGAACUGGGCAGCUGCAAGGUGGAAUCGUCAAACUACUCAGUACAUGAAAGAAAAUGGGAAGUUUCCAAGUUUAAAACACUUUACUGAGUUCAUGUCUUCUGAAGCUGAGAUUAUGUGCAAUCCAAUCACAUCUUUUCAGGCUCUCCACUCAACAGACUUCACCAAAAUCACCAGUAAAGCUUAUCAGAAAGAAAAAAGGCCCAACUCCAGUGUUCUCCAUACACAGGUUUUAACAGAAACGGAAAGCUCAAAACAAAGGUCAAAUAUUAAACCACCAUGCAUGCUCUGUCAAGAUAACGGACACAAGCUUCAUAGUUGUCCUCAAUUCAAAGGAAAAUCACUUGAGGAACGAAGAAAAUACAUAAAGGAUGAAAGACUUUGUUACGGUUGUCUGAAACCUGGACACAGCGCAAAGGACUGUCGUUACAGACUUGCAUGUGAAAUAUGCAAGAAAAAACACCCAACAUGUCUUCAUGACUUUAACUAUGACAGCGACAAAUCACAAACAAACCAAGUUCAAACGAGCACAGAACAAGCUGCAACAACCUUGUCUCUUAAUGCAGAAUCCAACGAACAAUGUGUAAGCACUUCAAUGAUUGUGCCAGUAUGGGUUUCUUCAGAGCAACAACCAGGUAAUGAAAGGCUUGUUUAUGCACUCUUAGACACCCAAAGUGACACAGUGUUCAUUGACCAAGACGUUUCUAACAAUCUCAAGGCUAAGUCAACCCCAAUAAGAUUAAGACUCACCACAAUGCUUGGUAAAAAUGCAGUUGUGUCAAGUGAGCGUGUCUCAGGUCUCAAAGUGAGAGGCUACAACUCCUCUGAAAUAAUUGAACUCCCUCCUGCUUACACUAAAGACUGUAUACCAGUUAAUCGCUCUCACAUUCCUUCCUGUGAAACGGCAAGGCAAUGGAAUCAUCUCAAGGAAAUAGUGAAUGAGAUUCCACCACAGCUAGAAUGUGAAGUUGGGCUUUUAAUUGGCUACAGCUGUUCCAAGGCAUUAGCUCCAAGGCAGGUCAUCUUAGGAGGAGAAGGUGAACCCUAUGCUGUCUGCACAGCAUUGGGCUGGAGUAUUGUAGGCCCCACAUUGUCUCACAAUGAUUCUUUUAACAUGUCUACUGUAUGCCACAGAGUCACAGUCAAAGAGCUCCCUUUAAUGACUCCCACUGAUGCACCAGAGGUUCUUGAGUCUGACUUUAAGGAUGAUAACAAGGAUAACAAAUCAGUGUCUCAAGAUGAUAUUCUCUUUCUGAAUAUACUAAAGGAAGGCAUUUAUAAAAACAAUGAAGGACAUUAUGAAAUGCCACUUCCAUUUAAGGAGAGACCUCUGUUACCAGACAAUAAGCAAAUGGCCACUGUACGACUUCAAAGCCUCAAAAACAAACUGUCAAAGGACCAAAGAUACAAGGAUCAAUAUGUAAAGUUUAUGAGCGAAGUCAUAGAGAAGGGUGAUGCAGAGGAAGUUCACAGCGAAGCAAAAGAAGGAGAAAGGUGGUGUAUUCCCCAUCACGGAAUGUGUCAUCCUCAAGAACCAGACGAACUCAGAGUAGUCUUUGAUACUUCUGAGCAAAAUCCAGCAGAUAUUGCAUCCAGAGGUUCAAGUGCAAGUGAGCUCAUGUCAUCAGACUGGUUCAAAGGGCCACAGUUUCUGUGGGACAAGGAAAUCCCUCCAGCUGAAAGGAUCGACAUGAACUUACCACUUGGAGAUCCAGAGGUUAAAAGGGCACAUGCAUUGAACACUUUCAAAACAGAGAAGAAAAGUUUGGCAGACAAGUUAACAAAGUUUUCUUCUUGGUACAAAGCCACUCAAGCCAUUGCUCGACUAAUUCGCUGUGCCAAAAGAAAUAAAACAACAGGUCAUAGCACAGUACAAGAAAGACAAAACGCUAAAUGUGUUAUUCUAAAGGAUGUACAAGCAAAUGAAUAUGCAGAGGAGAUAAAAAUGCUUAAACAUGGAAGGGCACUUCCUCACAAAAGCAAGCUGUUUCGAAUGGACACUUUUCUUGACAGUGAUGGACUCCUUCAGGUGGGAGGAAGGCUGGAUGAUGCUUCCUUCUCUUCCUCAAACAGCUCAGAGCCAUUGACCCCAUAUCACCUCCUCACCAUGAAGUCAAAGGCAGCCCUUCCCCCUCCAGGUAAAUUCAUCAAGGAAGACAUUUAUGCACGGAAAAGAUGGCGGCAGGUGCAAUACCUGGCAGAGCAGUUUUGGUCACGUUGGAAAAGGGAGUAUCUAUCCAACAUCGCAACAAGGCAGAAAUGGCACACUCCAAAAAGAAACCUGAAGGUUGGAGAUGUUGUCAUGGAAAAGAUGGACGACUUACCUCGCAAUGAAUGGAGAUUAGCACGUGUAAUGGACAUAGUAACUGAUAAAGACGGACUUGUAAGAAAAGUAAAGAUUCGUUUUGGAGAACGGAAGAUGAAGAAUGGACAAUGUUCUCAGAAACUUUCUAUAGUGGAACGCCCAGUUCAGAAACUGGUUCUACUAUUAGAGACUGUUUAAUUAUAAGCAAAGUUGCAUUCUUUCCUAUGUUCUGAGUUUUCAUAAAAGUUAGGUCAUUUAUUUUUUAGGAAAUCAUUACUGCUCUAUUUAUUUAGUUAAACUUUAAUGAUUUGGUGGGAGUGUAAAUGACCUUAUUAGUAAUUUGUGUUUCCUCAUUUAAAAACGAGUAUUUGUUAACAUAAGAAUUUAUGCUUUUAUUUUGAAAGGGUUUUAAACGGAAGUGUGGUGAAGUGUGACGCCAACGUUAGACAAUUAACUGACAAUUAACUGCUGGUCAUCGCGCAGAAAGAGAGCGCUCAGGUUGGAGUGAAGCUAAUAAAGGAGUAGUUCAGAUUAGAGUGUAAACAGUCAGUUGGUUGGCGCUUGGUUGAUGGGGAACAAGGUGACGGCGUCGCGGAUGACGUUCUCCAGGAAGACCUUGAGCACACCGCGGGUCUCCUCGUAGAUGAGGCCGGAGAUGCGCUUGACUCC